AUUGCAAACAAAAAAUCCCUACUCUCCCGUCUUGACCGAAGUAUCCGCCGCUCGAUCCCCCCAAUUCUCGCUUUCCCCUUUCUUUCUCCCAUCCCUCCUCCUCUCUCUCUCUCUCUCUCCUCUCCGCCCCAUCCAAUGACACCCCACCUCUCCUCCCCUUUUCCCCUCUCCAAAUCCCUUCUCACCCUCUCCCAUCAACCCAUCCCAAGAAUACCAACACCCCAAAAGCCUAUCCAAGUCCUCAACUCCACCCGUCUCCAACCCAAGAAGAAGAUCGGAAGCCCCGAGCCCCCAUGGCUCCUCCUCCCUCCCCCCGCCCCCGUAAACCCCUUCUCGGGCGAAACCCCCCCGCUCUUCUACUUCCAGCUCAAGAACCCCGCCACCCGCAUCCCCUUCUCCCUCCGCCUCGUCCAGCUCAGGAAGAAAAGCAGCAACUCCCCCCGCCCCCGCUCUUCCUCCCCUUCCCUCGGCUCCGUCGGCAACGCCGUCUGGUCUCUCGCGUCUCUCAUGGAGGAAAUCCAGAGAUCCAUCCUCUCCGAAGACGACGAGGCCGAGGAGACCGUCGAGACUGUCUCCAGAGACACCGGCGACUCCAUUGUUUGGCUCUUCCGGAGAGUCUUCUCCUCCUCGCCGAACCUCGCCAUCGGCCUUCUUGUUCUCAUGGCCGAGUUCUUCGUCGUCUCGAUGGAGAGACGGAAGCCGAAGGUGCUCGCGCUUGUCGCAGAAGUCUCCAAUGGUUCAAAACUCGGUCCGGUGGAGAUCGGGGGGAAUUACGGAUCCUGGUCCGACAUCGGAAUCCUGGACGACGCCGAUAAGACGGCGUUGGCGUUGGCGUUCGACCCUGACUACAUUGGGCGGCGGUGCAUGGCUUACGAGACCAUGAUCGCCAAUGAGAAGACCAAUUCACUGAUCCUUUCCAACUACGCGCAGCUCCUUUACCAGUAUGAGAAGGAUUUCGAUAGAGCGAACCAUUACUUCAGUUGGGCGGUGAGUGCCGAGCCGGCGGACGGGGAGGCGAUGAGCAGGUACGCAUUGUUCCUGUGGCAUGGGCGCGGAGACCUCGAGGGGGCAGAGGAGAUGUUCUUGGAGGCAAUACAGGCGGACCCGGAGAACGACUACCAUAGGAGUAAUUAUGCCUGGUUUUUAUGGACAACCGGCGGACAGGAUACUUGCUUCCCUUUGGAAGAUAAUGAGGAAGGAGAUUGCCAGGAAUUGUGAUUGUUACUCUUUGUGGCAGAGGUUUAUAUGGUUCGGGGUCAAAAGGUAGGUAGGUUUUGAACUAAGCAGCUACAGUCUGGUUAGUGCUGGGGUUGCUAAAGAAUUUGAAAUAGUGUAGCCUAGAUGUAUGGUGUUUAUUUCAUUCAUUUAUUUAUUCAGCAGUGUAUGGUGUUUAUUUCAUUCAUUUAUUUAUUCAGCAGCAUUGGAGCAGGACUCUCAGAAGCAGCCUCUGUUCAUAUCUUGUUUUAUCAUUUGCCUAAAUAAAGAACUAACUUUUGUUCU